UUCAUUCAGUCAAUCGAGCGAACUUGAUGGGAUUGUCAAGUGCUGUCAAAAUCUUGAGUCUGUGUGCCACAUUAAAAAGUAACGAUUUAUUUAUUUUUAUUUGAACGUUAAUCUAAUGAAAACUGCAAUCGCUCUAAAUAUGCACAAAAUUUGUGUAGUAAUUAAAUAUCAGUGACGUGACGUCGGUUUCUAAGUGGAAACAACAUGAUAACGAAAUCAAAACACAAAAUGAGUGGUCUCACAAUAUUAGAGAAAUCAUGAAACAAAAAUAUGUUUAUACUAAACAAAAUUGAAAUAACAUUAGCAGUAAUGUCGCGAAGAUCUAUAUUUUUGCUGGCGGCCGCGGUGGUGAUGUUGUAUUUCUCGAUAAUAUUGUUUAUGUUGAAUCCGCUGCACGGGUCGAGGGGUGGUUACUAUGGAGGCGGAGGGUAUAUGAGUAACUUCGCUUAUCGCCACGAGCCUCCUGUGAACUGGUGCAGCGAGCUCCGCUGGCGGUCUCCGCCCUCGCCUGAUGUGGUCGCACUGGUGUCGUACCCUGGCAGUGGUAACACAUGGCUCAGAUAUCUAUUACAACAAGCUACAGGUAUACUAACUGGCUCAAUAUACAUGGACUAUGGGUUAAGAGUGCACGGCUUUCCCGCUGAGAACGUAACUGACGGUUCAGUACUAGUUGUGAAGACUCACGCAGUGCCAACGGAAUCUGAUAAAUUUAAAUCUGCUAUACUUCUGAUAAGGAAUCCAAGGGAUGCCAUAUUGGCUGACUUUCACAGACUCCACAGAGGGCACAUAGGAACAGCACCAAAAUCUGCAUUUAAAAAGAAAUCACACGAAAAUAAGAAAUCAGGUACUGAUUGGGCGACAUACGUAUCAACGCAGCUGACGGCCUGGGAGACACUACACGAGAUGUGGCUGACGAGGUUCCCGGGGCCGCUGCACAUUGUGUUCUAUGAAGUUCUGGUACGAGACACCAGGAACUCGCUGCAAGGGAUACUGGAUUUCUUGAACUUUAAUGUCACUGAGGCGGACAUGAAUUGCGCGAUGGCUAACAAAGAAGGCAUAUACAGACGCAAGAAGAAGCACCAGGACUUCGAGCCUUUCACAGCAGAUAUGUACAAAGCAUUAGACCAGGUGAGGAACAAAGUGCUCAGUAUGGUCAUGGACUAUAAGAAGAAACAUCACGAACCUAUGACGGUAGGAUAAUGGACAUAGAUUAUUAUUGUAACGUCAAAAAGGUGGGUACAAAAAGGUAAAAAAGCAGUUUAUGUAUCAAAUUCUUGUGUAUUUGGUGUAAUGUUCAGUAAGAUAUACUUUUUGUACCUAUGCUUUUUCGACACUUGACAAAAAUAUCAGUAUUUUUAUAAUAUAGAUCAGAUUUGUGUAGAAAAAAUGCAAAAGUAUUAAAUUAUAAUGUUGUGUUGUCCCUCUAGUUGAAUCGAUAAGAUUCGUUAACGGAACGGCUCAAAACUUAAUAUCGAAGCUUUUAGGUAACCGUGUAAGUAAAUAAAUAUGUAGUAAAUAAACAAAAUCGAGCCAAUGUAGGUUUAAUAUUAACAAAAUGUACAAACUCUUUCGUUUACAUGUUGUAAUGUGAUUGAAUGUUAACUUAUGUGUCAUCUAGAACGGUCUAUGAGUUUACUCAUUAUUUCCAGUGUUGUGCUGCACUUUUUGCUUUUUUUAUCGAUAGUUUUAUUUUUUUAUCGCAGAGUAAUAAGUAAUUCUUGAUGGUAUAAUACACAGACAUAGUGAUGUGACAUCAACACAAAUUAUAUCGAUGUUAUCAUGAUAUUGUGUUGACAUGUAAUAAUAUAAAACAUCGUUUCACAGUGGGGAUCUAGAAUUGCGUUGGAAAAUUUGUUUGACCCAAGUAUACAAGUACGUAAUAAAAUAUGAUGAGAACUUAAGUAGCAAGGGGUGAUUGAUCACAAGUACUUUUGGUAAGAGGUCGUAUACCAAUC